ACGCAUGUAUUCAAUGACGUCACGUAGAACGAGCGCGGCCACUGUGUCAAGUGAUACAAGAAAGAAAAGGCCGAAAUUUACGAAAAGAUUACAGAAAACCGUUGCAAUAUUGGCAGUUUUUCUAUAUUAUACCUCCAGCGGGGUGGUUUGACGUAGUCUCAGAAGAUUAUUCUGUUUAUUUGGCUUGUUUUUCUUUUGAUUUCGUGGCUUUUUGUACACAAAUUCGUAAUUUUAUUGGAGCAUUCUUGUGAGCACAUUUUAUUUACGAAUGGCCGAGAAGGCCAUUUGUUUAUGAUGUACGAUCAAACCCGUUUUUGGAUCUUGUUGAUAUUAUAUUUUUACGGCAGUUCGUUGAAAUUCUAUGAUAUUUAGCGCACAAGGAGCAAAAUGCAUUGUUAUUAUUGUGAAAGCUGUUCAAUACUAAUAAUAACAUGUGGAAGUGUUAUGCAGUGAACAUAUUCAGCUGAAAUCGUCGAAAGAAGACACGUAUGAUAAAGGAAACUAAAUAUAUUAGAACACCUUGUGAACUCUUAACUUGUCGAGGAAAUGGCAACCAACAUGAAUGUACACAGAAAGUCAAAUCUUGGUGAAUACGGCUCGAAUAUACCGAUGGAGUAUUACAACAUGGGAAUCAAUAACAAUGCGUCGAUGAAUUUUCAAAAUUUACCAUCAACUCAAAAUAUGAUCGCUGGGGCUACCAUGGGUUCACAAACCGUCGUUCCUUUCCCUCAAACAAAUUUUGAUCAUGGUAUGAAUAAUUACCCUGGACAAUCUAGACAAUUUCAGGAAAACAUCGAAGGCAUUCCCACGAUGAAAUAUCCUCAAAUGGCUUCUGCAACACCCGCUGGGGUGUUCGAACCAAAUACUGGUGAUCCAUAUCAACUUGCUAUGGUUAGGAAAUUUAGACCCCCCAGUAUGUUUGGAAUAAACAAAAACAUGGAUCCUUCAACCUUUGUCCAACAGCAAAGAAACAUUGCUAACAGUAGUGCACCUUGGCUCACUGACCAUGUCAACCAGAACAAUCGAAUGCAUUCAUUACAGAAACCUGGGAUAGUGAGCCGACAUGAUCCUAACUAUACUCAAACUAUACCUCAUGAUCAGAACUUUCCCAGUCCAGGCUCUGCCGGAAGUCCCAGAAACUCUUUUCCUAUGUCAGCGGCAUACAUGGCUAAUGAGAUGUUUGUUCAUGGCCGCGAACAAGCUUUUCCAGGUCGAAAUGUUACUUCAGGCAACUUCAAUGCGCCAGAGUUCUAUCAACAAGAUGCGCUGAGAGUUGCGAAUUAUCAUCAAGCACAGGUGUCUCGUGCUCCUUCUAACUAUCUUACUAACAAUCAAAGAAACUCGUCAAGUCCUUUUGGCCAUUCUGUCAUUCAAAAGGUCCCCGACUCUGUGUACCAUCAACAAUUUAGUGCUGGCCCCAAGACAAAUGGUCCUUCUGCAAUGAUGUCUAAUAUGGUUGAUGAGAGGCAAGUGACGUUUCCUAAUGCAAACUAUCCAGGUGGCCCACAGCCACCACAGAUGUCUGGGAAACCUGGUUAUCAGCCGUCUCAUUCCAUGAGGGGCACGCUUUCUCCUAAUGUCACCAUUGGCAUGCCCAAAAAACCUGCAUUCAGACAACAGGAAGAAGCCGUGACAUCACCAGGAAAUAAUCAAAAUGCGGCUGCCGUGGCUGCUGCAGCAGCCGUACUGGCAGCUGUAAACACUGCCAAUCCAGACUCUCACAAUGUGAGUUCUCGACCACCUAGUGUACCAGCUGUUCCAUCAAGACCAGCCAGCCUUCAUUCUAAAGACCCGCGAAGUCCUUCAACAUCCAUUAUCAGCGAUCAUAAAUCGGAGUCGGGAGGGUCUGGAAUCAACGACAUACGAGCGACGCCAAGCCCCGUUAUGUCACUAACAAGAAAUACUCCACAGCAUCCAAAUGAGCAUUCAACUCAACUUAAUCUGCCCAUGGAUUUUGAAACAGGACGAGUCCCAUCGCCUUCAGUUCAUCAAUUAUCAAGUUCUGAUGUUGAGGCAAUGAUACAACCAGUAUCAAAUCUCCCGCUUAUGUCAGAUAAUAUGCUAAGAGAAUCUUCUAGAAAGAAGAAACGGAGAGUAGAGCGUAAACACGGUCCGUCAGCGAACAUGAUCUCGUCUACGCUACCGCUGCCUUUUUCGCCUUCAAUGAGCACGGAUUUUGAUCUUGACAUGAUCUCAGCAACCUUGAAUGAUAGCAGUUUGGGGAAGUUGUAUAAAAUUUCUGACGAUCCAAGUCGGAAAGAUUUUUUGGAUAAGUUAGUGUGGAUGAUGGAACAAGAUGAUAAAUCGUUGAAUCAACUACCGAACUUCAAUGGCUCCGUUUUAGAUUUAUUUAAACUUUAUAUGAUCGUGUCAAGGCGCGGGGGAAUGCAGGAGGUGUCGAGGAAAAAUGUUUGGAUCGAUGUGGCUUAUGAAUUAACUAAAUCUUCGACUAACCUCACCAACGAACAUCUUCAGACUUUAAAAGCACAUUAUAUUCAUUAUCUAUUGCCGUAUGAAGAUAAGUUCGGCAGAGUUAGAUCCGAUCCUGUUGCCAACAACUCUCAUUUACCGUCUGCCAUCACUACUUUAUCAUCAAAUUCGGAGCCUCGAAAUAUUGAUCUUUCAACUAUGACGUAUAAGAAUUUAUUUCAAAGCAAUUCAAAAGUACUUCCUUACAACCAAACAGCAACGCCAAUUAUGCAACAACAAACAUUCCCUAACGCUACUCCGAGUUCUCAAGGAUACCCUACUACACCACCUAUUCAGCAUCCUAGUUACAGAAAUAGCCCUGGUUAUCCUCAGUCAUCUGCCGGAUAUACUGGUUAUCCACAAGGAACGCCUAGGAUUCCUGGUUAUCCAUCCGGGCAUUCUGCUUAUUCCAAUCACCAAUACUCCAACGUACAAGGUCCCGCAUCUCAAAUGUCAGCGUAUCAUAAUGGUAUGGUACCCCCGUCCCGUUAUCCAAACUUCCCUCGCAACGUUGUACCCCCCGACGCCAUGCUUGGGCAGUUCAAUCGUGCCGCAGCAAUAAAUAAACAAUUACAACAAGAUACGCAAUCUCAAGCCAUGUUUGCAAAUUAUCAACAGCAAGGUCAACAGCACCCACCCGAGUUUUUGUAUCAACAGCAGCAAAGUACAUCGAUGUCUAGCCUUCAAAUGGACAAAAGGAAUUCUAUGCACGGAACGAUGGGUUCACCUAGAUCACGUGUGCAGGCAUCGUGGGGUCCACGUUACCCCGAGUCAGCGGCAGCAUCAGCUGGUACAUCCACUCCGUUUUAUAAUUCUCACUCUCCUGUUUUGAAGCAAGCCCGCCCUCCACCUCCGUACCCUCAUACGAAACAGGAAAGACCUUCCCCCACCCCCCAGAGUGCUGCUACGAAUUUACAGCUCCAGGCGAUGAAAACUGGUUCAAGCUCGGGCCUGGCGAAGAAAGAAGAUGAACUGUUUCCAUCUGGAUGUGUGGAGGCCACGCAGAUGAUUGUCAAGAAGAAGCGACGGCUAACCGCCAGGGAUAUAGGUCCUGUGGAAGCAUGGCGGAUUAUGAUGUCCCUGAAAUCUGGUCUACUGACCGAGACGGCAUGGGCACUAGACACGCUCACUGUUUUGCUUAGUGAUGAUACGACUGCAUCGUUCUUUAAACUGUCUCAUCUUCCGGGAUUUCUUGAUACGGUUGUUGAGCACUUUCGUCGUAAUUUGAUCAAUGUUUUUGGCAUUCUUCGAGAGGACGAGAUAUCUGUUGGCUUACCUGAAGGUUCGAUUUACGAUGAGAGUAACGAAAGCUUGAACGAAUUGCUCGAUGAUAUGCGUUUUGAUAGUAGAGCGAGAGAGAGUUUUUCAUCUCUCAUUGUCACCGGAUGUUUGCCCGAUAUUGAGGAUCAUGGAUUUACAGGCGGGUAUAAAGACUGGAUUGCGGGUGGUGGCGAUACAACUGUUCAUAUUCAUACUCAUUUUGAAACGAACCCUAGCUUUUAUGAACGCGAGUAUGUCGAGGGGCAUGUUGGGUGUGGGGAGUGUGAUUGCGAACACUUGGAAGCAGAUGAAACUUCGGAAAGCGAAGAUAUAGGUUGUUGUGGAUGCCAUGAGCUUGUCGAUGAAGACGGUGAUGCUUCAGGGCAUUGUGGGAUGGAUGCAGAUAGUUGUUUGAGUAUUGAAAUAGAAAAAGACACGAAGUGCAAUAGCUUGCCGACACAUGAUGAAGUGAAUGAUAUUGAAAAGACAAAAAGCCCCGUGGCUUCUGCAGUCGAUCUUAAACAAGAAUCGAGUGAAAAUUCACAGCUCCACGAUAAAUGCCAAGAUGAACACAGCACACUUAGUGUUGACGAUUAUAAAUGCGUUUCAAACUCUGUCGUUGAAAAUGGAGAACGUCAAACAGAUAGCGAGGAAAAGCAAGAGGAUUCAACGACGGAGGAGGUUGAAAAGAAGCACGAAGACCCUUCGUCUUUAUUAAUAAAAAGACUCAAAACGGAGUUAGAUUUGGACAUCGAGACGAUCAGCCAGGAUUCAGCAGAAUCUACAACUCUUUCUUCUGUGAAAACCGAUGACGAGACAAGGACUAUUGACGAUGUUAAAACCAGUGUUCCUUCGAAUAAUGAGUAUGAACUAAAGCAAGAGUUUCCUCUGAGUAGUCUUACUCUGUCACAGGAUUCUGCUAUCAAGACGUGUAAUUGCGUGUCGAACGUAGUGCGAAAUUUAUCUUUCGUACCUGGUAACGAUGUUGAAAUGGCGAGAAAUCCAUCUCUACUGUUGAUACUCGCUAAAUUACUAUUACUUUAUCACAACAGACGAUCGAAAUCGCAACCACAUUCAUCUGAUGGCGAGUACAUCGAUACGGAAUGCUGGUGGCAAGAUUGCCUUGAUACUUUACGCGAGAACACACUUGUUACAGUGGCAAACAUAUCCGGGUACUUAGACUUUUCUCACAUUACAGCACAGGUUAGCCGGUUAUUGUUAGAUGGCUUAUUACAUUGGCUUGUGAGCAAUUCGGCCGUUGCAGAUGAACCUUUGCGAUCCACCAGCGUCUCGGUGAUUCUCACACCAAAGCAACUUGUGUUGGAGACUUUAGCCAAGAUGAGUGUCCUUUCGGGAAAUGUUGAUUUUUUGUUCAACUCCUCAGACAAAGUCCGGCUUGCGAAAGCGUACGAGUAUUUGGUAAAACUUUUCUCGGAUAAGACAAACGAGGUGACGCGAGAAUUCUCGUUAGUUUUGCUGUCAAGUUUCACUCACACGAACGAGGAAAGUUUUAGCAUGAGUUCCGAACGAAAUCUUUUUACAGUUCUCGUCGGAUAUCUGGAGGAUUCCCGUGAUCGCGUGGAAUCUAUGGCAGUGCGGGGCCUACACGCGGGGAUGUUUAGGGAUAAUGAUUUACGCGUCAGUAUGGGUAUGUUGAGGCGAGCAGCAAGUCUACUUUCCUGUAUAGCAAAACGGACGCCAAGUCGUCAUUUAAUACCGUUUCAAGAACGCAUCUUAGACUUAAGCAUGUCCCGUUCGUUAGAUGCCGAGAUACAAUUGCAUUUGAGUGAUGUCCUAUUUCAGAUUUCCAGGUGAUAUGAGUAGUAUGAACUGCUGAAUGGUGGCACAAAGAAUGUCAGAACUAGAUCCUUGUAUGUCCGAUUCCACUGUCUCGUUCAUGGUAUAAGGAAAGUUGAGUUUUUAUUGAAGAUUGUACAUUGUAACCGUUAACAAGAACAGUAAAAUAUCAUAAUUUGGUUGGCGCCAAAAAACAUAGUAUAUUUUGUACAUUACAUAAAAUAGGAAUAAUAAUAAAAUUUCGACCAUUUUCA